GAAUCACCCAGUAGUUUUAGGAAAACCGAAGUUAUCAAUAGUUAGCAAUGUUGCUAACUACACCCAGAUUACAUUCUUCCAGGUUCUUGGGCAGAUCAUAUAUCAUACGCAUUUUUACACUAUUUAAAAAUCGAUUUAUAGUUUCCUGACAAUGAGGCAUUUACGCUUAAAAAUGGUAGUGCGAUCAUUUUCUUCUACCAGCAAAUACAUGAAAUAUCUUCCGGAAGAGCUGAAAAAGUUAACAGCAUCAUACUUAGACAAAAUAGAAGAAAAUGUUGUGUUACGGCAACACAAUAAUAAUGUUCAGCUUUUACGUGAACUUGUAAACAAUUUAAAAACAGUCUGUGAAUAUGACACAUUGAAAACAGAACUUUUAAAACUACCAAAUUCAACUCACCCUAGACUGCGAGAAUACGGAACUGAACCUAAACAAAUAGAAAUUUUUGAACCCAACAAUUAUAAUGAGAAAGCUACAGAAUUUUCCGAGGCUUCGAAAUAUAUGAACAUAUUUCGUAUGGACCAUUUGGGAAAUUAUACGGGCCACAAAAGUUAUUACUUGUUCGGGAAAUUGGCAGAAUUGGAGCACGCCAUAAAGGAGUAUGCUGUAGGCCAUCUUCAAGAUAAUGAUUUCGAUAUAAUUUCUGUGCCAGAUAUUUUGCCAAAAAGCACAAUAGAAGGGUGUGGUAUGCAGACCGAUGGCGAAAGAACGCAAGUAUACAAACUGGAUUCUGGAUUGUUCUUGUCUGGAACAUCGGAAAUGGCCUUAGCUGGUUUUUUUGAAAACUAUAUGCUUGAAGAAAAUGAACUUCCAUUAAAAGUUGCAGCCGUAACCCGUUGCUUUAGAGCAAAAACAUCUGAAAAAAGAAACGUAACCAAGAGGUUAAAGCAAAACUAGACAAUAAAAUUGCUA